AUGUCACAGAAAACAACAAGAACAUCCAUCAGUGAUCUGCUUAAAAAUGAGAUUUGUAUUUUUCAUAUGCAUAACAAGACUUUUAAACAAAACGAAGAAGUAAGACAACCGGUGUCUAAUACGGAGGCAUUAAUCCAUCUGAAAAGCAUCAUUCGAUAUCAGGAGCAAUCAGCUGACGAAGUGUUUACCCCGAAUGAAUUGACUGUUCUUCGUCGUAAGAUAUCUGUUCUCGAAU